ACCUUCCUUUUACUUUAACUCAUUCUCGUGAGAGGUCUCCUUUUAUUUCUGUUUCUUUGGACCGUCACUGUUCCAGAAAAAUUAUUUUAAAACACCUGUUUCUUCUUCCAUUUACACUACGCCUGGCUCCUGGCACCGCUCGCUACUUCAGUUCUCUUCCCCUUUCCUUCAAAGAAAAAGCAGUUUAUCCUCCAAUGGCAUUCGCCUCAUCCUCCUCACCCUCCUCAUCGUCAUCAUCCCCACCAGCAGGGGCACCAAGCGUAGUCCUCGGUCUUCCCGGGUCAGAGCUCCAGUCGAAUAUGGAGAUCAAAGUCAAAACGAAAGCAAGGGCAGGAUCUGAAUAUGAGAAUCCUACUGUUUAUCAAGCACAUUAUUCACAUGAAUUAUCAAGCUCUAUGCCAGCAAUCCAGCACAGUCAGACAUUCCAUCCAAUAAUAGAUUCGGCCCACCCUGUGCAUCCUCCACACCCUCUACAGCCUGCUGGCUCUCUCGCCAUGGUUGAGGAUGGUCCAUUCUUUUCAAAUACAAAGCAGUUCUAUAGCCUUUACAACAUGAAUCAGACACAGUCGUAUAAAUUGCGAGUUAUGGCCAGGAUUGACAGAGGAUUCUUUACAGCCAACAAAAUCUGGACAUGUUAUCGCCGGAAUUAUUUUCAAGUCAGUACCGCAUUUAGUAUCCUUGGUUUUGAUCACUCACAAGAGUCCGAGGUACCAUGCCUUAUCGAAUUGAAGGAUCCUAUAACGAGCCCAGAUCAGGGUGAGCUCAGUGCUCAACGUGACACGAACAGCAUGAUUGGCUCAUUGGACGGUCUUCGUCUGAAUGAUCAUGGUGCCUCCAGUCAUGGUACAUCUCGACUGGCGGUAGUAACCAGUUUUUCCAUCUGCAUCACUUCCAAGAUAGCGAGUACAGACAAAAAGAUUGACCUGAUCCAGCACACUCCCAAACGUGACAAGGGACCACAAAUUGUCCCUGGUCUUCGUGCUGUUCGAGGCGGUGGUACCUUGACCUUGACAGGAGCUAAUACAAACCAGACUGUUGUCACGUUUGAACGUGUACAGUUCAAGACAGCAACCGCCAAUAACGGCAAACGACGUGCGGCGCAACAGUUUUAUAUCUUGAUGGUAGACCUCUAUGCACACACAGAGGAUGGUCAGGUCUUCUGUGUUGCCUCCUCACAAUCAGACUCUUUAGUGGUGCGUGGAAGAAGUCCAGGUCAUUAUAUUGACACUCCUGAGAGGGAUGAAAUUUUGUCACCUAGUUCCGCAGGCGAAAGGCGUCUUUCUAACAUCGGCCAACACCCAUACCAUUUCCCAGGAACACACAGUCGAAGCCAUAGUAUCAGCGCUGGCGCUGGUAUGAGCGUCGACGUGUCUUCUCUGGGCUUUGGAGGUGUAGAAGGUCCACUCUCACCAGUCUCACCUGGAGUCACCAGCGAGUACAGUCCUACAGCAGCACCUACACCAUCAUUCUAUCGCUAUCCUUCUCAUCAAAGUGCAUGGACCGAUGGUUCAUCUAUGUCCUCGCCUUCUUCGACUUAUGAAGCUUCGGCCUUUUCAUCACCCACAACCGGAUACCCUACCAUGCACCAGUAUCAAGGUCAGCAUUCCCCGCAGGAGCAUAGCCAUUCAUCAUACUUUACACAACGACAGCCAAGUUUCGGGUCCAUCACGCCCCGUUUGAUGAUGGGCCCCACAGGAUUGAGUCCAAGACAUCCAUUCGAUAACCAGCUUGAGCCACCACAAGAAAACUCGAACGAACAGGAUGAUAGUUCUCGUGCUUACUUUAAUCAGAGCUACAACAACCCUCCGCAAAGCAAUGGGUUUGUAGGUGUAAGUGCGGCUGGUGCUCCUGGCGGACUCUCGGAUCAGGUGUUUGUCAAGACGGAAGUUCAAGAGAGCUACUUUCCAUAUCCGAACUCGUUCACAAACUCUUCGGGACAUCCCAUGAAUGAAUCUGGCAUGAGUGUAGGCAAUAGCGUAGGCACCUCAGCAGGAGAGCCAACACCAUCGUCAACGUCUGCAUCUUCCGUUUCAUCUUCUUUUGGCUACACUGUACAGGAGCUCGGAGGAAUGGAUGCACACUCACCACAGCCGGCAUUGCCCCAGAAUGGACUUUAUGAAGGAUCCUUUGUAUCUGCUGCAAACCCAUACAGGACCACAACCACUGCUGGCCCACCUUUGACCCCUUAUGGUCAUCAUAGUGAAAUGCAAGGCGCUGCUGCUUCAUUGUAUCAGCAUGGACAAGACCAUCACAAAGUGGUCGCAUGGAGCUAGAUAAAAAAAAAAAAAAAAAAAAAAAAUAGACAGAAAAUUGCAUUUUAUCCAUAACCAUUAAUUAAAGUGACCGUCUUU